ACUGCACACAUUGCCCAGUCAGCCAUCAUGAUUCACAGCCUCUAGCAGAAGGCUGAAAACAACAGAUAUCACCAGCACAGUUCGUUCAGCUAUCAUAAAUUAAUCUGCCAAAGAUUAGGAAUCAGAGGUAACAGUGAACAGAGAUGAGUGUUUUAGCUCUGCUGGCCACGAAUCAGAAAUGCAGGAAAGAAUGGUUCAGAGGUGACAUCCCAAGACAACCAUUAUACCCACCUCUUCCACCACGUCCAGGAAGCCACAGUAAUACUGGAGGAUUUAAUGAUUUCGAUCUUGUUGAUGGGAAGCCCUUACCACCACACAUAGCAGGAGAAGAAGGGCAUAAUUUCAAUCAUGGUGGAAACACAGAUUCAGGAUUAAUAGCUGGAGUUACAUCUCCCAUAAUUUCUGCUUUUGUGAUAUUAGUUGUUGGAUCUAUUGCGGCCUACACAGCUUACAAGAACAACAAGCUUUGUUUCAAACCACGUGGUGGGGCCACAGUGUAAACUGCUGAAAUGAAAACUGUCCUCUGUGGAUAUGUGACACACUCCUUUGGUUGGCAAUGUUCUGCCCACAGAUCUGACAUUUUUUUCAGCUUCAUAAUUCUGAGCAACAAAUCUUCCUCUGAUUAAUAAAUUUUUGGAGACACAGCAAUUCCAUUGUCUUCUACACGACGUUACUCUUAAAUCUUGAGAUUUACAUCAUCAAAGACUUAACAUCUCCAGAUAAGUAUUGCACUAUCUGGUGUAUUCAUAAACGUUGGAUAAGUAUUUUAAUUCAGGAGCUAUUUUAAAUGCAGAAUUCCAGCUAAAUAUGAGCUUAAAAUUAAAAUAUUUUGGUUUAUGAGGUUUUGGUUUUUUUUUUGCCAGCUUUUUUGGUUUAUGAGUGAAGAUUUUUUUUUCCUAUUUUCUAAAUUGUCCAAAAUAAUUCAUCAUUCUGAUAGGACAGAAAUAAGAAAAAUGCCAUUUCCAUUCACACAUUUUGCAUAUUUCUGUACUGUCUGUGGUAUUUAAGAAAAAAACUGAAGUUGUGUAAAUGAUUAAGCAUUUUAAUGCCUUUACUUUGUAUCUUAUGUCUGAACUCUUGCAAAGCAGAAAGAGCUACAGAUGGAAAAUACAUUCUUAAUUUUAAAAUACAACAUGAAAAGAACACGUGCACCGAUGAACCACUGAUUAAAAUAAAUAAAAUGAGGAGAGCACAAGUUAAUUUUAUUUAUUUAUUUAUUACUGAAAUGGUAUUUGGCUCUUCUCAGGAACUGGAAUCUGUUGUAAAUUAUGUUUUCCUUCUUGAAAAAUUAGAAGCCUCCAAAGGCAAUCUGAUAUAUUUUCUUUCUUUCUUUCUUUUUAUUUUAAGAAAUGUGUUCUUCAUAAUUUCUUUGAAGGAAAACUAAGUGCAGAGGUUUUGGAAUCAGUUAGAACCAAUCUGUGACAUUUUGUCUUGCGAAUCUAUGCCACCAACUUUUAAAUUUUGUACAUAUCUUUUAGCAGAAGUAUAGUUGAUACUUAGAGUUUUGCUAGAAAGGCUGCUUCAUCUUCUUUUGCUCCUCAUCAACCUUGCUGUGUUAACAAUGUUUGUAGGCAGACAAAAAUUAUCAUCAAAACCUAACACUUUUCCAGUUUCUCUGUCUUCAGGGAAUGAAACGCAGGUGAGAAGCUGGCAAAACUAGUGGUUUACUGACAUAAUUCUAUCAUAUGGUUAUUUUAGCUAACUUACAAGCAUAGAGGAAAUACGUGAAGAAUGUAUUUUCUUAAAAAUUUGCAUGCAGGUGGAUGUAAAAACAAUUUUGUGUUUGUUGAAUUGUUGAGAGAAAGACAUCAUCUGGACAGGUACACUUUUCAUAAAAUAAAAUAUUGUUCUAUCUCUGUGACAUUUGACAUGGAUACUUCAGUUGCUGAAGAGAUCUUUAUUUUGAUCCUGAAUGUAAGAAAUUAUCAUGUACAUCAGUUCAAACAUGGAAACACCUUGACAACAUGCAAAGAUAACAAGCAGUUUUGUGGCUACCACUUUCAACUCAUCAUCGAUAAUACAUUUUAAUAGAGUUUUCCAGGACACAUGCUUUUUCUUUAAAAAUAUGAACUUCUCAUGUUAAUAUUUAUGAAAGUUACUAUAUGUUUUGUCAGGUAGAUGUUAAAGCUUUUUGUGGUUACCACCUCCAUUGCUUGUUUAACAGUAAAAAUAUGAAUGAUCCUUCUUUCUCUUGAGAAUUUUCAAUAAACACAUACUCUGUUUUACCUAAAAUGAAAUGAAGUUUGCUUGUUUUGUGAGUUAUUUUAUGGAAUGUAUGCUGGCUGGCUGGUACCCUUAAUGUCUAAGCUGAUGUGGGAGCUACUAUUAGAGGAAAGAAAAAAAAAA